AUGACCGUGACAGACAAGCCUCUCGAUGUCCUCAUUGUCGGAGCUGGGAUCGCCGGCCUCUCCGCAGCUAUUGCUCUUGGCAAACAAGGUCACCGCGUCGUGAUUCUGGAAAAGUCGGCAUUUUUGAGAGAAGCCGGUGCUGCGAUCCAUUUGCCACCAAAUUGCACGGCACUACUCCGCUGGAUGGGCAUCGAUCCUCUCGAUUUCGGAGGUACCUUGAUACAUGAAAUUCACCGAUACGGAUAUGAGGGAGACUUGAAGUUUAAGAAAGAAUUCGAUGAUGUACGCCAUCUCUGGCAAGCAGAGUUCUACCUCGUGCAUCGGGUUGACCUACAUAAUCAUCUCAAAAAGCGCGCUCUCGAGACCGCAACACUCCAUACUCAAUGCAAGAUCAUCAACGUAGAGCUUGAUGGAGCGUAUCCAUCGGUGACCCUCGAAGAUGGUCGUAUUUUCAAGGCCGACCUGCUUCUCGGUGCUGAUGGAAUUCAUUCCCAGCUUCGCCAGAGUAUCGCUCCCGGUUCUCCAUCUCCGUACGCUGUUGGAAAGUCAUGCUUUCGCUGGCUUCUUCCAACUGAGGAAUUGAGACAGUACGAAAACACAUUCGACUUCGUUAAAGAUCCAGGAGUGUUUAUUGAAUGGUCAUCCGACGACCGACGUCUUGUGGCCUAUCCUUGCUCUGACAAUAAGGUGUUCAAUCUAUGUGCUUUUAUGCCCUCGAAAGAAACCAAAACAGACACUCAUAGGGGCGGAUGUCAAGCCACUGGAGACAAGGCGACCAUUGCCAACGCCUUUUCGAUGUUCUCCCCGGGUGUAAGAAGACUAAUUGAAAGCGCAGAGGAUGAUCUUAAGGUGUGGGAUUUGUAUGACAUGAAGUCGCUACCAACCUGGACCAAAGGUCAUGCCGCUCUUCUGGGAGAUGCAGCACAUCCAUUCCAACCAUAUAUGGGCCAAGGAGCAGCCAUGGCGAUCGAAGAUGCUGUUUGCAUUGCGACCUUGCUUCCACAGAAAACUGCGCCUGAGACCAUUCGAUCGCGUCUUGAAAUGUAUGAGAUAUCUCGUCGAGCUCGUGUCGAGUUCGUUCUUCAUUACACUCGAUUGAACGGGCGGGAUGAAAACGACACAUCUAGUGCCAGGAUGACGACCGAGGAAAUGGUGAAGGUCAUGGGGGUCUGUUUCUCACACAAUGUCAUUGACCACUCCACACAGCUGCUGGAGGGUCAAUAG